AUGUCGGCAAUCCUCCAUGUCCUCGCGGUAGAAGUGGGCGACCAGGAUCUGGACCCUGACGCAGUACCUGACGCCAAUCUAGUGCUGUUGGCUUGUGCUGGCCUAGUGACAACGGUGCCAGGGCAUGCAAGCGCAGGGCGAUCGGAUCCUGCCCAAGGCCGGAAAGACUUGCGCGAACUUCGAUUGGUCCAUUUCACGACCCACGAAUACUUCGAGAGGACUGUUGAUCGAUGGUACCCAAAGGCGGAUCUCAAGAUUACUCUCGUUUGUCUUACCUACUUAGCCAUCGACCACUACUUACGACAGUCUUACGACGAUGGGCACAUGCAUGUCCAAUUGCUGGAGUACGCGUUCCGAAACUGGCCAGCCCAUGCAGCUGUGGUAGAUCGAGACGGCGCCGCAGAAGAUGUGGCUGAAGUGGCUACAGCACUCGCUCGCUUGAUCAAUAAAGAGGGAGAUGUGUGCAGGAACACGUCAUCGAAUUAA